UCUUCUUUUCAUCAUUAGCCAUGAAAACAUCAUUCAUUCUAAGUCUUCUCCUUGCUCUCUUUCUCCUUUCUGUCUCCGCCCAGCCCUUCGACUACCCUACCGCGAACCUUUCCACCACAUGGACCAACAACGUGUCCGCACCCCACUCCGUGACCUUCACAGACGGCUCAACGGUCCGAGCCAUCCUCCUUAGAGGAUCAUUCGGACCAAGGUUCGCCUGCGGGUUCUACUGCAACGGAACCUGCGACUCUUACCUCUUCGCAGUCUUCAUAGUCCAAACCAAUAGCGGGUCAGGCAUUGUCCAACCAGCUAUCGGCUUCCCGCAAGUUGUCUGGUCAGCCAACCGGGAACAUCCGGUUAAACUCGGCGCAAAACUUAACCUUAACGAAGCCGGAGAUUUAGUCCUACAGGAUGCCGAUGGUAGCGUUGUUUGGUCUACCAACACGGCUGGAAAACAAGUUACUGGCAUGCAAAUAACUGAUACUGGAAACCUAGUACUUUUUGAUUCCAACAACGUUAUUGUUUGGCAAUCUUUUGAUCACCCGACAGACAGUUUAGUACCUGGGCAGAAACUGGUUGAAGGACAGAAGCUGAUUGCUAGUGUUUCUUCAACAAACUGGGGAAAAGGUUUGUAUUCUGUUGAAGUUACUAAUCAGGGUUUGUUUGGUUAUCUUGAAACGACGAACCCACGUCAAGUUUAUUAUAGUUAUUUGGUCAAUGGAGAUGAUACAAGUGAUGAAAGAAGCUAUGUUAGGUUCCUCAAUGGAAGUUUGGCUUUGUUCAUUCAUUCAGCCGAGCCGAGUCGUCCGGAUGGUGUGAUUCGGGUGCCGCUAGCAUCAUCGGCUCAGUAUAUGAAACUAAUGCCCGAUGGGCAUUUGAUAGUGUUGGAAUGGCAGUCGGGGUGGCGGGUGGUGGCGGAUUUGUUUGGAGCUAGUCGCAGGCGUAUGUAAUGGAUAUCGGUAUAUGGAGAUUACUUACUUGAAGAAAACAUAUUUGCUUUAUGUAUAAGUGUAUAAUAAAUGGAUGAUAGUUAAUUCCGUACGUGUUAAUUUGAUGUAUACUAUGUUGAAUUUGAAUAAGUUAAAUAAAGGUGGAUAUUUGUUGUAAUA